AGCUGUUUCAUCUUCUGUUUUUUUUUAUCUAUCGAAACAAAAAUGGCACCAAAGUUUGAAUGGUGGGCUAAAGGAAACAACAACAACCGUAAAGGAACACCAGUCGUCGUCAAAAUGGAAAACCCUAAUAACUGGUCAAUGGUGGAACUUGAAUCACCUUCUCAUGACGAUUUCCUCGUAAGAACUCAUGAGAAAUCUCGUAACAAGAACGCAAGACAGCUCACUUGGGUUCUACUUCUUAAAGCUCACCGUGCCGCAGGUUGUCUCACUUCUCUCGGUUCUGCAUUAAUAGCUCUCGGCACCGCCGUACGCCGCCGUAUCGCCGCCGGCCGUACAGACACUGAAAUCUCCUCCUCCUCCGGAAUACAGAAGCAAAACCCUGCGAAAAAAUCGAAACUUUUUUACUCUUGCUUAAAGGUGUUUCUAUGGCUUUCUUUAGUCCUUUUGGGUUUUGAGAUUGCUGCUUACUUCAAAGGUUGGCACUUUGGAACUUCUAAGCUUCAGCUUCAGUUUAUCUUCAAUAAAGGAUUCUUUGAUUGGGUUUACACGAGAUGGGUUUUGCUUCGUGUUGAGUAUCUUGCUCCUCCGCUUCAGUUUCUUGCUAAUGGCUGCAUUGUUCUGUUUCUUGUUCAGAGUCUUGAUAGACUCAUUCUUUGUCUUGGUUGUUUUUGGAUCCGUUUCAAGAAGAUUAAACCGGUUCCUAAACCGGAUUCUAUCUCUGAUCUUGAAUCUGGUGAUAAUGGUGCCUUCCUUCCUAUGGUUCUUGUUCAGAUCCCUAUGUGUAAUGAGAAAGAGGUUUAUCAGCAAUCAAUUGCAGCUGUGUGUAACUUAGACUGGCCAAAAGGGAAGAUUUUGAUUCAAAUUCUUGACGAUUCGGAUGAUCCAAUAACGCAGAGUUUGAUUAAAGAAGAGGUUCAUAAAUGGCAGAAUCAAGGUGCACGCAUUGUGUAUCGUCACCGUGUUAACAGAGAAGGUUACAAAGCUGGUAAUCUUAAGUCUGCUAUGAACUGUAGUUAUGUUAAAGACUACGAAUUCGUUGCGAUUUUCGACGCUGAUUUUCAACCUCUACCUGAUUUUCUCAAAAAGACUAUUCCUCAUUUUAAGGACAAUGAGGAACUAGGAUUGGUUCAAGCGAGGUGGUCGUUUGUGAAUAAGGAAGAGAAUUUGUUGACACGAUUACAGAACAUUAACUUGGCUUUUCACUUUGAGGUUGAGCAGCAAGUGAAUAGCGUCUUCUUGAAUUUCUUUGGAUUCAAUGGAACAGCCGGUGUGUGGAGGAUCAAAGCUUUGGAAGAUUCCGGUGGUUGGCUCGAGAGAACUACCGUCGAGGAUAUGGACAUUGCUGUUCGUGCUCACCUUCAUGGAUGGAAAUUCAUUUUCCUAAACGACGUUGAGUGCCAAUGUGAAUUACCGGAAUCGUAUGAAGCUUACAGAAAACAGCAACAUAGAUGGCAUUCAGGACCGAUGCAGCUAUUUCGUCUUUGUUUGCCUGCUGUCAUUAAAUCAAAGAUAAGCAUAGGAAAGAAAUUCAAUUUGAUAUUCCUCUUCUUUCUCCUGAGGAAGCUUAUCUUGCCAUUCUACUCAUUUACCCUCUUUUGUAUUAUCCUGCCAAUGACUAUGUUUGUACCCGAGGCUGAGCUUCCCGCUUGGGUUGUUUGCUACAUACCUGCCACAAUGUCGUUCCUCAACAUCCUUCCCGCCCCGAAGUCAUUUCCGUUUAUAGUCCCGUACCUUCUCUUUGAGAACACAAUGUCUGUGACCAAGUUCAACGCAAUGGUCUCGGGUCUAUUUCAGCUAGGAAGUGCUUAUGAAUGGGUUGUUACAAAAAAAUCAGGACGAUCAUCGGAAGGCGAUCUUGCUGCUUUAGUUGAAAAAGACGAAAAGAAAACGAAACAUCAGAGAGGUGUGUCUGCACCCGAAACCGAAGCCGAGAAAAAGGCUGAAAAGACAAAGAAGAAGAAGAAGAAGCACAAUAGGAUAUAUAUGAAGGAGCUAUCACUAGCGUUUCUGUUACUAACCGCAGCAACUCGAAGUCUUUUAUCGGCGCAAGGAAUCCAUUUUUACUUCCUCUUGUUUCAAGGAAUCUCCUUCUUACUUGUUGGUCUAGAUCUUAUUGGAGAACAAGUUGAAUGACACUCAAAGAGAUUGAAGUAGUGCUUGUAGAAGAGACGUUGUAGAAGACAGGAACAUGAAGAGAAAAAAAGGCUUAAGGAAAGGGUCUGGACCCAAAAGAAUACAAUACAUCAUUGAACAUAGAUCGGUUUCACAAGGAUUAAGGAAGGACAUGGAUUAACUCUGUUGGUAAUGUGUAAGGUUGUAACUUUUCUCUCUUUUGGGUUUGGCCACAGUUGUUUAUUCUUUCGUUUAAUGGGGACAAUUCUUUUGUAAGAAAGUCUUGUUCAAUUA